CCGGCUAAUAACUGUCGUAACCAUACCAUUCCUUGCUUGGUCAGUCAUCUUCAACCUCCAGAUCCGCGUUUGGCCAGCGAGUCGCACAAGGGGGGGUUGUGAUCCGAUGGGAGCGGUGGUGACCGCGGUGAUCGCGAUCGCGGCGGUGGUGCUGGGCUGGAUCACCAUCGAGAUGGCCUGCAAGCCCUGCCUCGAGACCGGCCGCCGCGCCAUGGACCGUGCCCUCGACCCCAACUACGACCCCGACGACUCCCCCGCAGCCAACUCCACCGCGCCACCCACUAGCGAGCCGCUACUCGCCGACCUCUCCGCCUCCACCGCCGCGCCAGCCAAGGCCAUCUGAUGCGUUUCUUGCUCUCAGCGUCGUCAGUGCACCAGUGCUAGGCUUCCUUUCAUCCUUACUCCAGCCAUGUUUGUCUAUCUAUGAGUUUGCGUGUUUGGUUCUUGUGGCUUUUGUUAUUACAGUAUGUGACAAGAACUUGCUUUAUGUUAUAACAUGUUAUGAAAUGAGAUAUGGUGGUGAUCUGUA